CAUGAGCUGCGACAGGGGUCAGAAAACCUCUCGCCUGCAAUCAGGAAACAACUUCCUGGAGCUAUUGCCUUUAUAAACUGGAUAACGAAGGACAUCUGGAACUCCAGAGAGGUGUGGGUGGGGGGGGUGAAUAAGUCCUCGACGAUGACUGGUUAAAGGCUUUCAGCAGUGAUUCUCUUGAGAUUUCUGGCUGAACGUUGAUUCACUGCAGGUGCGACUUCAUUUCGUCCUGAGGUAAAAAAAAAAAAACCCGGAGCAAAUGUGAUGACGCGCAUCUCGCAUUUCACUGCAGUCUGUCUGGCAUCUGCUCAUCACUGAGGUUCCUUUGCAUCCUGCAAGUUUACAGCUUCAAAGCACAGACCAGUCUUUCAUAGGUGGGUUGUUUGUCUGGCUGAAAAGCAAACAAGGUUGUAGUUGUGCAUUAUUGAUGUGAGAGGUGAGGGAGUUAAUUUUCUUCAAAAUUAGAGAAGGUGGAAGAGAGACAGAUAAACAGAGGCAGCUUCAGGCGGUAAACACGUCCCGUCCAGAGCCACCUCUCACCUAAACACCACCAGGCAUAAAUCAGCGCUGUGUUUGUCUCUGGGGACUCUGCAGACAAACUGGAGCAAGUAGGAGAAGCUCUGGUAACAGGAGCAAAGACCACCUGAAUCACAAGCGUAUUUGUGAGUUAGUUAGUCCGCAGACGAAGCACAGCCAUGGCCUCAGACGUCUUCUACAGCCUCUCCUUUCUUUGCAGCGAGAUGAGCAGCAGCAUCUCCUUCCAGCAGCACACUGGGUCCACCUCCAGGCCCCAGCGGCCUUUCCUCCACCUCAGGACCCUGCUCCUCCUGCUCUCUCUCUACCUGUGGAGCCAGCAGGCCGAGGCCGUGGUCCAGUCCAGCUUCAAACGGCUCAGCAGCCGCGAGAAGAAGGAGAUGCAGAAGGAGUUUCUGUCCAUCCUGGGUCUGCCUGGGGAGGAGGAAGGGAAUGAAAUCAUUGUAAACGGACCUGGCAUGGGGAGGUUUGGAGGGGCAGACAGAUUGGUGCAGGUCAGCUACGCUGCUCUGCCGACCCUCAGCACGCACACGCCGCCGCUGGGGACCGUGGUCACCGAGGCCGACACCGUGAUGAGCUUCGUCAACCUGGUGGAGCAGGAGCGUGACCUUCUGCAGCCUCGUCCCUACUGGAAGGAGUUUCGCUUCGACCUGACCCCCCUCCCUCAGGGUGAGGCAGUGACAGCAGCAGAGUUUCGUAUCUAUAAGACCCUGACGAUGGGCCAGAGGGCAAACCGAACACUGCACAUCUCCGUCUACGAGAUCCAGCGAGAAAACAGACACAGAGAGGCUGAGCUGGUGCUCCUGGACAUGCAGUCGGUGCCUGCGGGACAGGAGGGCUGGCUGGCCUUCGACGUCACCUCGGCCUCCAACCACUGGCUCCUCCACCCCCGCAGCAACCUGGGCAUACGCCUCUAUGUGGAGACAGAGGAAGACCGCUCCCUGUCUGCAGGCUGGAUCGGGCUGGUGGGGCGCAGGGGUCCUCGCUCCAAGCAACCCUUCAUGGUGACAUUCUUCAGGGAGAGCCAAGUCCCUUGUCGGCCACCGCGAGCUGUCAAGCCCCACCCCCGCAAGAAGAAACCCAAAUAUGACCUCCCAGUCCCCAGCAUCCACAAUCGGAGUCCCACCAACAACGUAGGCGAGCCCUGUAAGAAACACGAGCUCUAUGUCAGCUUCAGUGACCUGGGCUGGAAGGACUGGGUACUGGCUCCCACCGGAUAUUCAGCGUACUACUGUGAUGGAGAGUGUUUUUAUCCUCUGGGCUCCUGCAUGAACGCCACCAACCACGCCGUCAUCCAGCAAGUGGUCCACCUCCUGAAGCCUGACGAGGUUCCCAAGGCGUGUUGCGCCCCCACCAAGCUCAGCCCUAUCUCCGUCCUCUUCUAUGAUGACAACAACAACGUCAUCCUCAAAAGGCAUCGUAACAUGGUGGUUAAGACAUGCGGGUGUCUAUGAGACUCAGGUUCUGCAGUCACAGGUGUCCAGUGGACGGGUCAGACACAAACUCUGCAGGAACCUUAAAAGUUGGCAAACAGCUUGGAUGACAAACACACCAGAAAUCUAAUUGAACACAUCGGCCAUAUGAUUGACGGCUGAUUUACAAUCAGUGCCAACUGUCUUUAAUCGGUUUUAGGAGUUAAAAGUUCACUGAGGCUUUAAUGCUUUUUCUUAAUUACAGCAUUUUCUCAGGCUUGGCUGUUUAUGUUUAUAAUGCUGCAUAUUCCAGUUAUGCUCAAGGUUUUUCUGCAAAACAAAGUGAAAUAUCGAAGUCUGUGCCUUUAAACAAACACAUCAGCAUCAUGAAGUUAAGGUGGAUAUCAGAACAUUUUUCUAUUGUACAGUAUUUCAGGUUUUUUUGUCUUAGGAACAAAGGAUGUUUUAUUCUGAAACUGGCAGAAUGUGACAUUAGGUUUAUUCUUUACAAGCAGGAAAUCGACAGCAAUACUGUUGUUGCAACUCGGAUUUAUAU